AUGUUUAGAUGUAUAGUACAAUGGGAAUGUGGUUUGAAUAUGGCUGGCUAUUUUAAACGGUCAUAAAAAGAAAACUAAUUUAUGGGAAAAUUCUACAUGGCCAGAAUGAAGUGCUAACGUUUAUCUAGAAAAUUAUUUGGAGUCUCAAAAUUUGACGAAUUGACUCUAAAAACAAAUCAACUCUAAAAGAGGUAAUGAUGCUACUGCAGUUCCAACUGAUCCAGCAAUGAUCCCUGCAUUCCCAACAGAAUCCUCUUACAGUAACAAAAACAAUGCUCACAAAGUUUUGACAAGUAGUAACGACAUGUUAACAAAGAUUGAUUUGAUGUAUUUAGCAGAUAAGAUGGUAGAAAAAGGUAUCAUUACAAGUGAGCAAAAAAGGGAAAUAGUUGAUGACAGAUAUCAUGGACUGUCUGGAUUCCAGCGCAUCAAUAAGUUACUGGAUCAUUUGAGAGACACUGUUGAAGUCAAUGAGGGAACAUUUCAAUGGUUCAUUAAAAUUUUAAAUGAUUAUAAUACUGUGUGGUCAAAAAGUGUUGCUAAGAAACUAAUGGAUAAGUAUACUGAACUACAGAAACCAAGUUAAUCAGCAGCAACAUGUUUUCUAUUUGUGAAACGUGGUUUAACGAUACAUUAGAUUUUAAAAUAAUAAUUAUAGUUAAAUUGAUUAAAAAUAAGACAUUUUGAACAAAAAAAUGAUCACGGGAGUGUCAUUAUACAUGUAGACUUUCAUGUACCUGUAGACAAUAACGUGCAUGAUAUGCAACAGUUAGUCUAGAGCAUUACAGUACAACUGGAGCUCAUAGGUAAGUCUUCUGAUAAAAAUAUUACAAUAGCAUUACAAUGUAGAUCUACAGCCAUAAUAUAAUACAAACAUAGCAGGAAGUUAUUUUAUUGAAAAUUAAAAAAUCAGUUCAGCCAGCAAAAGAUGUAAUAAGUCAGGCCGGCCUGACAAGCAAUAGCGUAUAAUAGCAUAGCAAUUUAACAGCAUAAAGUUUCUUGCAAAAACAGCAGCUAGAUAGCAGGAGGUAAAGCAGCUCUCCAGCCAUCUUGUAGUGCUUUACGUAAUUCAGUCACAGUAGAUUCCAUUUCUGGUUUAUCAGCAA